AUUCCACGCCCGCACCAAAACCUCUCCAAGCCGUUGACCCACCACCACUCCUAUCAAAACAUGAAGACUGCUGCUUGCAUCGCCGCUGCGUGCGCCACUUCGGCGUCGGCCUUCGUGGCCCCCAGCGCCUUCAACGGUGCCGCCCUCACCACCGCGGCCAAGUCCUCCUCGGCCAUGAAGAUGUCCUUCGAGUCCGAGAUCGGCGCGCAGCCCCCGCUCGGCUUCUGGGACCCGCUCGGCCUCCUCGAGGACGCGGACCAGGAGCGCUUCGAGCGCCUCCGCUACGUGGAGGUGAAGCACGGCCGCAUUGCUAUGCUCGCCAUCGCUGGCCACCUCACCCAGCAGAACACCCGCCUCCCCGGCAUGCUCUCCAACUCGGCCAACCUGUCCUUCGCCGACAUGCCCAACGGUGUGGCCGCCCUCUCCAAGAUCCCCCCGGCGGGCCUCGCCCAGAUCUUCGCCUUCAUCGGCUUCCUCGAGCUGGCCGUGAUGAAGAACGUGGAGGGCUCCUUCCCCGGUGACUUCACCCUCGGCGGCAACCCCUUCGGCUCCUCGUGGGACGCCAUGUCGGAGGAGACCCAGGCCUCCAAGCGCGCCAUCGAGCUCAACAACGGCCGCGCCGCCCAGAUGGGCAUCCUCGCCCUCAUGGUGCACGAGGAGCUCAACAACAAGCCGUACGUCAUCAACGACCUCCUCGGCGCGGGCUACACCUUCAACUAAACCCACCCACACACCUUUUGAACAAAGGAAUUUAGAGGGAGGAAUGGUUGUUGCCCUGCACUCGUGUUGUCUCGGAAGAUGAUGGUUGUUUGCCAGUACUCGAUGGAUCCGAUUUUUUCAGCCCUUUUUACACCGUGAGGUGCGCAUUUUUUGAGUCCUCCUUCCGACCGUUUGACUUUUGAGCAUAACCACGCUUACAUGUCCUGUUGGUCAGAAGGUUUUCCGUAGAUGGGAGGGACUUGAAUUGUAGAAUUUCUCGAGUGCCGGUUGCGAUAGAUGAGGCAUGGCUUUUGAGUGUAGAGACGGUUGCGUUGAGAUUGUUCUUGCAAGAGAACGUCGUGAUGCAACCAAAUAAGCGGGACUAUUUCGACAGCAAGUCGUAAAUCUUCACGCACAAUGGUAGUGGGGUGGGAAGGGCAAGAUAGGCGUGUUCUUUGCCUUACGCCACCCCCUGCAAACUGAGUUGCAUGUUGUUCGUUGCAGAAUUCAUGUGCUGUGUCAUGCAGCGACCGUGCAGAGCAUUAGUCGACGUUUGGCUUGAGCGGGGUACGUGGAAUAUUGCAUUCCGUCAACUCAGCAGGAGGGUGGUGCCGUUCCCGCCCCCUCCGAUUCGUUUUUGUGGUGUUUUCUGUUUUGCGAUGGAUAUUGAUGGCGACUUGGAAAAAAGACGAAAACGAAACCCAAAAAAAUGUGUCUUCUGAACGCACCUCGGUGCUACCAGCGGCGAUGCCGUCUGCAGUGUGCGUGGAAUUAUUUCACGUGCACUUGCACCAUUUUUGGCUGUCUGAACUGCUGUUUGGUGGAUGGAUUGUCUCCCCCGUCAGCAUGCACACCUUUUUGCUGUCUAUAUGUAUGAUGCGCUCUGCGAUUGAUUUUGGAUCACAUUGCUUAGCUCACCCGUGGGCUAUCUAAAUGGUUGCUCCCGACAGUUCAGGCUUGUGUGGCGCAAGUGCGUUGCCUUUUUCCGAAUGUGCAAGAAGUGCUAAGUUGAUCCUGUGCCUCAGUUAACAAAAACUUUUUGUGUGGUGCACAAGAAAUAGUGCAGGCGUGGAAGUUUUUCCUUGAACAUGUGUUGCGAGGUGUAUCGUUCAUGUGCGUGCGUGCAUACAAACCCGAUCGUACACAUAAUAUUUUGUAGUGCGAAGGACCCGACAUGAAGGGAGUUACCGCAUGCGCCGUCGACUCCAGUCAGUGUCGAACCAACCUGCCU